AAUUCACAACACACAAGCUCUUAAGACUAAGCCUAAAGAGUAAACAGUAGCCAAAAAAAUGGAAGGGAGAGAGGAAGAUGUGAAGGUGGGUGCAAAUAGGUACAGAGAGAGGCAACCAAUAGGAACAUCUGCACAAACCCAGGACAUCAAAGACUACAAGGAGCCACCACCGGCACCGCUCUUUGAGCCAGGAGAGUUAACAUCAUGGUCCUUCUACAGGGCUGGCAUAGCCGAAUUUGUGGCUACCUUUUUGUUCCUCUACAUCACCGUUUUAACUGUGAUGGGUGUGGUUAAGGCCCCAACCAAAUGCUCCACUGUGGGUAUUCAAGGCAUUGCCUGGGCUUUUGGUGGCAUGAUUUUUGCUCUUGUCUACUGCACUGCUGGGAUUUCAGGGGGUCAUAUAAAUCCGGCAGUGACAUUUGGGCUGUUCUUGGCGAGGAAGCUGUCAUUGACCAGGGCAGUGUAUUAUAUAAUAAUGCAAUGCCUUGGAGCCAUAAGUGGUGCUGCUGUCGUUAAAGGAUUCCAGAAAAACCAGUAUGAGAGGCUGGGUGGUGGUGCCAACAUGAUUAGUGCAGGAUAUAGUAAAGGGAGUGGUCUUGGAGCUGAAAUUGUUGGCACUUUUGUUCUUGUCUACACCGUCUUCUCUGCUACUGAUGCUAAAAGAAAUGCCAGAGACUCCCAUGUUCCCAUAUUGGCACCCCUUCCAAUAGGGUUUGCUGUGUUCUUGGUGCACCUGGCGACAAUUCCUGUUACAGGGACAGGGAUUAACCCAGCUAGGAGUCUUGGUGCUGCUCUCAUUUACAACAAGGACCAAGCAUGGGAUGAGCAUUGGAUAUUCUGGGUUGGACCAUUCAUUGGUGCAGCACUUGCAGCCUUGUACCAUCAGAUUGUGAUUAGGGCCAUCCCUUUCAAGUCCAAAUGAAAGAUUAUCAACACAAUGCUCUCUCUGUGGAGGUGGAUUAGAUGAUAUAAUUGGACCACUUCUCUUACUCUCUUAAAUUGUCUGUAAUUGUCAUCCGAGCUGAUAUACUCGAACUUAAUGAUAUCCAAAUUCGAGCCUCCACUCCCACCACAUGUAUAUUGAGUACCCCAACGGAAUUGGGGAGUUGUGCUCUGUGGUAUUGGUGGGUUUUAGUUUUGCCCAUCUAAGAUAUUGUGUGACAUUUCCUUAAUUAAAAAUAAAUUAUUGCUUAAGAUUGUUCA